AUGACGCGCGCCCAGCAGACGAUCUCGGUUCUCCUGCUCGUCUCAUCACUCUACCUCGUUCUCUACCUCGGUCUGGUCCCCCUCAACACCACCGUCCAAAAGGAGGUCAUCCCAGUUUUACCGUUCUACGCCCUGAUCUGCUUUGGGUGUUAUCUUCUCGGUCGAUUGGGGUUGGCGAUCUUAACAUUCAAUGAUGUACCCGAGGCGCACCGGGAGCUGCAGAAGGAGAUUGAGCAGGCCCGGACGGAGUUGCGCAAGGUCAAUGUCGAUGUGGACUAG